AUGUCAAUGACUCCUCCAGAGAGUAUCUACCUCUUCUCUUUCGGUCAGAGCCCGGAAUGUUUGUCGGAUCCGGUCGGCUCCGGAGUGUUGGGAUCUGCUGUUGCUCAUACGUUCUUAGGACUCUCGGAAUGGCGAGUCCGUGGUAUUUCCAGAAACAAAUCAAGCGAGGCAUCUCAAACACUCAUAGCCAAGGGAGUUGAGAUUAUCGAAGCCGACUUAGACAACAAGGAGUCGCUCAUUCCUGCCUUUGAAGGUGCUCAUGUGAUUUUCUCCAACACAGACUUCUUUGGGCAUUUAUUCGCCGCGAUGGUAUCGAACAAUGCUUCUUCCAGCCGAACUCCGAAUGAAAUUGCCUACGAUCUGGAAGUCCAACAGGGAGUCAAUAUUGCAGAAGUUGCAGCAUCACCCGCUGUCAUGAAAACUUUGGAGCGAUUUGUCCUCUCCUCAUUAUGCGAUGCCAGAAAGGCGAGUGGCGGAAAGUACACCACUAUAUAUCAUUUCGACACAAAAUCGGAGAUGAGCCGUGUUAUCCAGAGUCGUUUUCCGAAAUUGGCAGCACUGAUGAGUUCCGUUCUGAUGGGACAUUAUGUUACAAAUUGGAAGGCUUUUCCAGCCAUGGCUCCAAUCAAGCAGCCUGACGGCGGUUUCGUGAUCUCCAGACCAGUUCCGGCCGACCAAAUGUAUCCUUUUGUAGUGGCGCAUCGAGAUACCGGAGCCUUCGUCAAGGCAUUGGUUGAUGCGCCUCCAGGGCUGAAUCUUAUGGGUGCAUCUCAAUUCAUGACUUGGCCAGAGUGGACUAAGACGUGGGGAGAUGUUCUUGGUGUAAAGGCAGAGUUUAAGACGGUACCAGCGGAAGAGUUUGUAGAGGGUGUACCAAAACCGUUGGCACAAGAGCUCUCGGAUACAUAUCUCUAUCUCGAAGAGUUUGGCUUUGAUGGAGGUGAUUCAUCAGUUGUAGCACCUGAACAACUCACUUUCACUGUCCCAUUGACGACCAAUAAGGAGUAUAUCGAAAGUGAAAAUUGGUCGUCAGUUUUAGAGUCCUAA